AAGAAGAACAUUUUGUUUUGGAUGGGCUGACUACAAUUUAGACUGCUUCAGUGUACUGAAAAGAAACAUAAACCACAGAGCAUAUCUUCAUACAGCAGAUAAACAAGAGAUGCUCCAAAUAUUCUAGCCUACCUUGUAUAUGGAAACCAUGUAAUGCUGAUUACAAGCUAUAGGUCUCACAUGCUCUAUGUAUCUGCAGCUCUCCAUACAGGUACAUUAUGGCCAUAUAGCACCAAGGCCCAGGCAGCAUCAGCUUAUUCAGAGGCAAGGUCUCUGGUCUGUGGGCAGCUAUGCUAUUUUUCGGUAUUAUUUCUGCAUUAAACUUCAUCUUUCAAUGACCAUCUGUGACCUCCUCAGAGUUACACUUUGCACAUUUUUACUACCCUUGUCUUCCAUGAGGUGUGUUCACUAACAAAAACUUCAUCUCCACAUUGUCCAACAGCCCAUCUCUGACUGAACUGUGCCUGUUCUGGGAAUCCUAACAUGGUGAGGCAGCUUGGCCCACGUGGAAAUGUGACACAAUUAAAUUGCUAUUCCAAGCAGGCAUGCCAUAACACCUCAGGCUGAUACAGAGAUGCAAGGCUUCAAAACAUGUGCUUUUCUGGUACUUCCCACCAGGGUGGCUAUUCCCAUGCUGCAGUGGUCCAUGCCCUGCAGAAAUGUGGCAUUCGUCAUAUAGACACAGCAAAGAGAUACGGCUGUGAACCCCUCCUCCAAAGGGCCAUCAGAGAGAGUGGUGUGAAGAGAGAGGACCUCUGGAUAACUACCAAGCUGUGGCACAGUGAUUAUGGCUAUGAAAACACAAAAAAGGCCUGCUUGGAGUCAUGUGAAAGACUUGGUGUUGAAUAUCUUGAUCUUUAUUUGAUUCACUGGCCUGCUGCACAGGUUCCAGGUAAAAGCAGUCGAGAGGUCCGAGCUGAAACCUGGAGAGCGAUGGAAGAGCUCUAUGAGAGAGGUUUGUGUAAAUCAAUUGGCGUAAGCAAUUUUCUUAUCAGCCAUCUUGAGCAACUAAAGGAGGACUGUGUGAUUACUCCGCAUGUUAAUCAGGUUGAAUACCACCCUUUCCAAAGACCUCAGGAGUUGGUUGAUUACUGUAGGAGCAGAGGUAUUGUUUUUGAAGGCUACUGUCCUUUAGCCAAAGGUGAAGCACUCACCCAUCCUACUGUCAUUCAGCUGGCAAAGAAGUAUGGAAGAACUCCAGCACAGAUUUGCAUACGCUGGAGCAUACAGAAUGGGAUUGUCACUAUUCCAAAGUCAACAAAGGCAGAACGGAUAGAGGAAAACUGCAAGGUGUUUGAUUUUACAAUAGCAGAAGAUGAUGUUGAAAUUCUGAAUGGAAUGCAUGAUGGGAGACAUGUUUCCUGGGAUCCAAGUUUUAUUGUGUGAACCAAGGUUUUUGAUUCUAAUCUCAGGAAAGAAGAUAUGGAAUUUUUGAACACUGAAUAUCAACAGAAAAUUAAUUCAUCUAACCUAUUCCCUGUGGAAAGAAUAAUUUAAAACCACAUUGUUCUAAACGGCAAAAGUGAUGUAACUGAAACAUUGAUUAAUUUUAAACUUGAACAAUAAAUCUGAAUUGUUCUCUGAGGUACUCAGUAUACUCAGGAAUCAGUAUGAAUGUAGUUAUUCUUACGUUAUUGAAUCAAUAAAAUAAUUUAAUUUAC